AUGAUGAGUACCAUCGGCGACAUGGAUGCAGACUCCAGCAACUGUAUCCGUUUGAACAACUGCUUCAGAUCCGCUGAUGGCGACCACUUCAUGGAGUUUGAAAUGUUGGACCAGAACGUCCUCCAGUUCAUGGAGAAGAGAGACGCACCGUUCUCUUUAAAAGAACUCCGGCCCAUGGCUAAAGGCCUCCUCGUGGCUUUGGAAAGUCUCCGGUCCGUCGGUGUCGUUCACACUGAUAUCAAACUGGACAACAUCAUGUUUGUGGACCAGGAAGCAAAGCCGUUCAAAGUUAAACUGAUUGAUUUUGGCGUGGCAAAGUUUAAGAAGGAGAUGCACAUUGGGGACUCGAUACAGCCGAUAGCUUACCGCGCCCCAGAAGUGACCCUUGGCCUGCCGCUGUCCGAGGCCGUGGACAUGUGGGGUCUUGGCUGCUGUCUCCUGGAAUGCUUUCUGCAAUUUUUGCCUUUCAAUGUUGCAUCCCCAUAUGACCACCUCCAACAGAUCACAAAACUGUUGGGAGUCCCCGAUGCAGGCCUCAUUACUCGGGCUAAAGAGGGAACUGGAUUCUUUGUUCAAGAGAAAUCCGGGGAAUGGCGACUUAAAUCGAUCUUUGAAUACCGGGACUCAAAGGGAAACGUCCCCGAAAUGGAGAAAAACACACUAGAGUUUGCUUCCGACUUAGAAGAUGUCAUAUUGAAUACUUUUGAAUUCUCUUCUGGUAUUGAACAUGAGGACAGAAAGGUUUUCCUAGAUCUUCUCAAGAAAAUGUUGGAGGUGGACCCAGACAAAAGGAUCACUCCGGCUGAGGCGCUCCUUCACCCCUUCAUCACCAUGAGCCACUUUCUACCCGCUUUAGCCAACGUAGAAAAUUCAGAGCAACUACUGGACUACAAACCGAAAAGCAGUGGCACGUCAGAUAGUUCUGAUGACGAGGCCUCAGGGAAGGAAGACGAAACGAGGAAAUGCUUCAGAGAGAAGGAGAGGCAUCCACUCCCACAGACAGACAUCCACUCCCACAGACAGACAUCCACUCCCACAGACAGACAUCCACUCCCACAGACAGACAUCCACUCCCACAGACAGACAUCCACUCCCACAGACAGACAUCCCCUACCACAGACAGACAUCCCCUACCACAGACAGACAUCCACUCCCACAGACAGACAUCCACUCCCACAGACAGACAUCCACUCCCACAGACAGACAUCCACUCCCACAGACAGACAUCCACUCCCACAGACAGACAUCCACUCCCACAGACAGACAUGCACUCCCACAGACAGACAUCCACUCCCACAGACAGACAUCCACUCCCACAGACAGACAUCCACUCCCACAGACAGACAUCCACUCCCACAGACAGACAUCCACUCCCACAGACAGACAUCCACUCCCACAGACAGACAUCCCCUCCCACAGACAGACAUCCACUCCCACAGACAGACAUCCCCUCCCACAGACAGACAUCCCCUCCCACAGACAGACAUCCCCUCCCACAGACAGACAUCCACUCCCACAGACAGACAUCCACUCCCACAGACAGACAUCCACUCCCACAGACAGACAUCCACUCCCACAGACAGGCAUCCACUCCCACAGACAGACACCCACUCCCACAGACAGACACCCACUCCCACAGACAGACAUCCACUCCCACAGACAGACAUCCACUCCCACAGACAGACAUCCACUCCCACAGACAGACAUCCACUCCCACAGACAGACAUCCACUCCCACAGACAGACAUCCCCUCCCACAGACAGACAUCCCCUCCCACAGACAGACAUCCACUCCCACAGACAGACAUCCCCUCCCACAGACAGACAUCCACUCCCACAGAGACAGACAUCCACUCCCACAGACAGACAUCCACUCCCACAGACAGACAUCCACUCCCACAGACAGACAUCCCCUCCCACAGACAGACAUCCACUCCCACAGACAGACAUCCCCUCCCACAGACAGACAUCCCCUCCCACAGACAGACAUCCACUCCCACAGACAGACAUCCACUCCCACAGACAGGCAUCCACUCCCACAGACAGACAUCCCCUCCCACAGACAGACAUCCCCUCCCACAGACAGACAUCCCCUCCCACAGACAGACAUCCACUCCCACAGACAGACACCCACUCCCACAGACAGACAUCCACUCCCACAGACAGACAUCCACUCCCACAGACAGACAUCCACUCCCACAGACAGGCAUCCACUCCCACAGACAGACAUCCACUCCCACAGACAGACAUCCACUCCCACAGACAGACAUCCACUCCCACAGACAGACAUCCACUCCCACAGACAGACAUCCACUCCCACAGACAGACAUCCACUCCCACAGACAGACAUCCACUCCCACAGACAGACAUCCUCUCCCACAGACAGACAUCCACUCCCACAGACAGACAUCCACUCCCACAGACAGGCAUCCACUCCCACAGACAGACAUCCACUCCCACAGACAGACAUCCACUCCCACAGACAGACAUCCACUCCCACAGACAGACAUCCACUCCCACAGACAGACAUCCACUCCCACAGACAGACAUCCACUCCCACAGACAGACAUCCACUCCCACAGACAGACACCCACUCCCACAGACAGACAUCCACUCCCACAGACAGACAUCCACUCCCACAGACAGACAUCCACUCCCACAGACAGACAUCCACUCCCACAGACAGACAUCCACUCCACACAGACAGACAUCCACUCCCACAGACAGACAUCCACUCCCACAGACAUACAUCCACUCCCACAGACAGACAUCCACUCCCACAGACAGACAUCCACUCCCACAAACAGACAUCCACUCCCACAGACAGACAUCCACUCCCACGGACAGACAUCCACUCCCACAGACAGACAUCCACUCCCACAGACAGACAUCCACUCCCACAGACAGGCAUCCACUCCUACAGACAGACAUCCCCUCCCACAGACAGACAUCCACUCCCACAGACAGACAUCCACUCCCACAGACAGACACCCACUCCCACAGACAGACAUCCACUCCCACAGACAGACAUCCACUCCCACAGACAGACAUCCACUCCCACAGACAGACAUCCACUCCCACAGACAGACAUCCACUCCCACAGACAGACAUCCACUCCCACAGACAGACAUCCACUCCCACAGACAGACACCCACUCCCACAGACAGACAUCCACUCCCACAGACAGACAUCCACUCCCACAGACAGACAUCCACUCCCACAGACAGACAUCCACUCCCACAGACAGACAUCCCCUCCCACAGACAGACAUCCACUCCCACAGACAGACAUCCACUCCCACAGACAGACACCCACUCCCACAGACAGACAUCCACUCCCACAGACAGACAUCCACUCCCACACAGACAGACAUCCCCUCCCACAGACAGACACCCACUCCCACAGACAGACACCCCACUCCCACAGACAGACAUCCACUCCCACAGACAGACAUCCACUCCCACAGACAGACAUCCACUCCCACAGACAGACAUCCACUCCCACAGACAGACAUCCACUCCCACAGACAGGCAUCCACUCCCACAGACAGACAUCCACUCCCACAGACAGACAUCCACUCCCACAGACAGACAUCCACUCCCACAGACAGACAUCCACUCCCACAGACAGACAUCCACUCCCACAGACAGGCAUCCACUCCCACAGACAGACAUCCACUCCCACAGACAGACAUCCCCUCCCACAGACAGACAUCCACUCCCACAGACAGGCAUCCACUCCCACAGACAGACAUGCACUCCCACAGACAGGCAUCCACUCCCACAGACAGACAUGCACUCCCACAGACAGACAUCCACUCCCACAGACAGGCAUCCACUCCCACAGACAGACAUGCACUCCCACAGACAGACAUCCACUCCCACAGACAGACAUCCACUCCCACAGACAGGCAUCCACUCCCACAGACAGACAUGCACUCCCACAGAUAGACAUCCACUCCCACAGACAGACAUCCACUCCCACAGACAGACAUCCACUCCCACAGACAGACAUCCACUCCCACAGACAGGCAUCCACUCCCACAGACAGACAUCCACUCCCACAGACAGACAUCCACUCCCACAGACAGACAUCCACUCCCACAGACAGACAUCCACUCCCACAGACAGGCAUCCACUCCCACAGACAGACAUCCACUCCCACAGACAGACAUCCACUCCCACAGACAGACAUCCACUCCCACAGACAGACAUCCACUCCCACAGACAGGCAUCCACUCCCACAGACAGACAUCCACCAGAGUGGGGUUAAGCGUCUUGCCCAGGGACACAACGGCAGCAGACGUAUUCGAUGCUCCACAACGGGGCGCACACGGAGCAGCACCGGGGUCUGCAGACCGACACGGAGUCCCACGAGUCCUGUCUGUGACGGGACUGCCCCAGCGAGAGAGAGAACACUGCCCCCUGCUGGAGCCUGGCCUCACUGCAGGAGGAGACACCAGAACAAGGAACAAGCCAAGAGUCCAAACGCCACGAGCCAAAGACGGAGCGAUUGCGGACGCUCCACGUGCAGUCGAGAGGUGGACGAGGGAAGGAUCUCGUAA